GUGAAAAUGUCGGCGGCUGAGAAGAAACCGUUUGUGCCGUCGUCUCAUAUCUCCGUCAAGAUCAAAAGCCAGGACGACAUAUGUGUGUACUUCCGGAUUAAGAGGGACGUUGAGCUCCGUACGAUGAUGCAAGCUUAUUCCGACAAAGUUGGACAAGAUAUGUCAGUUUUUAGGUUCCACUUCGAUGGAAUUAGGAUCAAACCCAAUCAAACUCCCAAUGAGCUAGAGCUUGAAGACGGAGAUGAAAUCGACGCAUUAGUUGAACAAAUGGCAGGAUUUGGCCAUUGUCAUCACUCAUCAUCGCCAUUAAGAGAGUAUAUUAACGAAAUAACGAAAUCGAUGCGUUGUUUAAUUAUGUUUUCACCUAAUUUUUGA